GACCUUAGGUCGGCCGAUACUGCCCGAGGCCACCAGAUUCCCUGCAGCGUCUGCAGCCUCUAGCAUAUACACAGACAGAUUCAUUGCGUCGUGAAUUAUUGUUUCCAAGAUGAUCGUAGCGCAACUUCUGGCAGCAUUCCUGGUAGAAUUAGCAACAGCUUCACCACACCAGGGAACCACAAUACUUCAUAUAUCAACAGAUCAGACAGUAAAUAUUGGAGAAAGGGUACAGUUAGACUGCAAAGUAAAUAAUGGAGGAAAUUAUUCAGUGAUAUGGUUGCAUAUUGAUCCUAACAGACCAGAGACUCCAUUAAUUAUAUCCAAUGGCAGUUCACUUCUUACUCAUAAUGCACGAUAUUCUGUGAUAACUGAUACAGCCACCUCAGAAUACUGCCUUUUGAUAAGGGAUAUUCAUGAUACAGAUGAAGGACAUUAUCAGUGCCAAGUGGUAAUUAGUCCAAAUCAAAGAAUUACCAGGGAAGUGAAACUACAAAUACGCAAACCACCUGUGAUCUUAAACAAUUCAACAAGCACACUGACCUUAAGGGAAGGUCAUUCAGUCACACUGGAAUGUUUUGCCACUGGCUAUCCUCCGCCGCAAGUUUCUUGGCGCCGAGAGAACAACAUACCUCUUCCAUCAGGUGCUACAAUUUACAGGAGCAAAAUACUACAAAUACACACAGUCAGAAAGGAGGAUCGAGGAGUUUAUUAUUGUGUGGCUGAUAAUGGAGUGGGAAAGGCAGCAAGGCGUAGUGUUGAACUGAAUAUUGAAUUUGCCCCCAUAGUUAAUGUGGCCAGGCAGAGAGUAGGACAAGCUCUCCAGUAUGAUGCUGACAUAGAAUGUACUGUGGAUGGUUCACCAGAUCCUAGUGUUUACUGGAUUAGAAAUGGCACUGUCUUACAAAGUAACAACAAAUAUAUGGUAGCCUAUUUCAGCAUGCGCGCAGGCCAUUCCUCGGCUGUUUUACGCAUAAACAAAGUUCAGGCAAAUGAUUAUGGGACUUAUUUGUGUAAAGCGUCUAAUAAAUUGGGAGCAUCUACUGGAACAAUAGAAUUCUUUGAAACACAGGAUCCUGUUUGUCCUCCAGCCUGCAAUGUGAGGCCAGUGCUGAAUAUAACAGGAGCAGCAAGCAGUAAAGUACAGUAGUUGCAACCAGAGAUUAACAGCUGUACGAGAACUCAGUUAACAGCUUUACAAACACCCAUCUGAAGCAUUCAGUGCACAGUGUCAUCUUUUGUAUUGCUGUUAUUAUAUCUAACAUUAUAAAUCUGCAAAUAAAAAUCAAUAAAAAUAGAA